AUGCUGUCCAGUGUUUGGGAUUAUAUCAUCGUCGGCGGUGGCCUCACCGGCUCGUACCCAACCGAACCAGUCGCAGCACUUAACAACCGCACUCUUGUCUUCAAUCAAGGCAAGGGCCUGGGCGGCGGCGCUGCUAUCAACUCUUGUGGGUACACACGCGGGCCCCGAGUAGACUAUGACGAGUGGGCUGGAAUCGUCGGCGAUGAGCGUUGGAGCUAUGAAAACCAGUUGCCUUACAUGAAAAAGGCCGAAGACUGGUUCAACACCAACAAUGCCGCCCAACACGGAAAUGAUGGGCCUCUUCACGUGGCUUCCGUCUCCUCAACUGGCCGUGCAUACCCUCUCCGUGAUGUUGUUGCCAGUGGCUGGGACGAACUUGGAGUUCCUGAGCUACCAGACCUAGACAGCAAUGCCGGCGACAACAUCGGGCGCGCUGAGCUUACCGAGACUCGUCGCGAUGGCAUUCGUCAGCUGACCCCUGUGGUCUAUCCUCUCGACGGUAUCGAGGUUCUCACCGAGACGCUUGUUGAGAAGAUUCUGCUUUCCAGUAGUGCGGACGACGGAGAGCUGCAAGCUACUGGCAUCCAGCUUGCCAAUGGCACCCAGAUUUUCGCCAACAACGUUAUAUCAGCCGCUGGUGCCUAUCGCUCUCCGCAACUCCUUAUGUUGUCUGGUAUUGGUGAAGCGGCAGCAUUAGAGAACCACAACAUCAGCGUGAGAUUGGAUCUCCCCGAGGUCGGGAGAAACCUGAUUGACCACAUGUCGUUCUACCAAUAUUGGAAGCUCAGAAGCCCGGAGAAUGGUUACGCACUCGGAUCCAGUAAUCCAAUUUUUAGCCAGCCCGAGUUCAGCGCGGGGUACCCUAUUGAUUGGGUGACAUCAACGGGGGUGGAUAAGACUGGUCUUGCUUCUGCCAUCGAGAAGGAUGAAGGAGUUACCCCAGACGCUGCAUCUCACUCUCUGCUCAGCGCCAACCGCACCUUCCUCGAGAACUUCGUCAUUUACCAGGCCUAUAGUGCCUCCAAUCCCUCUGUUCCGAUGGACGGUUCGCAUAUCUACACCAACAUUGUCUCCUUUCUGCCUACAUCUCGCGGAACCGUCAGUCUUGCAUCCGCUGAUCCUGCAGAUAGUCCCGUCAUCAACCUCAACUAUCUCGAUACGGAGGUCGAUCGUCAUGUCUACCGAGAGGGCAUCCGUCAGAUGACGAAGUUGAUGCUAGAUACUGCCUUCGGCAACGAGUACAUUGUUGGAGAAACUGCUCCUGACAACACCGAGCCAGUCUCGCUGGAAGACACUGACGAGUACCUUGACUCCCGUCUAGCCGCAAGCGGCGUCACUACAUGGCAUCCCCACGGAACUUGUGCGAUGGGCAGUGUUGUCGACUCUGAUUUCAAGGUUAAGGGCGUGAAGGGCCUGAGGGUUGUUGAUGCUUCUGUCUUACCCGUCCCCAUUGCGGCUCAUUUGAUGGCACCUUUGUACGCCAUGGCGGAGCAGGCUGCUUCUAUCAUUACUAGCAAUUAA